AUGGCAAGAGCUUGGAGAAAGAUACUGCCGCUCGCGGCUAUUCUCGCUUUUGAACUUGUUUCCCAUGUGCUCAUCAUUUCUCCCUGUCCAGCUCUGGCAAUUGAAAAUGGCGAAGGGCAGUCGCUUGUAGACCCACAAUUGCAGCCGGCCGACUUCGAAAAUGAGGAAGGACAGAGAACAGACAACCUAGGCGAAGCUGCAUCUGAGAGUCAACAGCUCAUCCUCCGUGAAGGCGUCGAGUCGUCUACACCGUCUCUACGAGGUACUACAGUUCUGCGCGAACUCGGCGAAAAGGAACUGGGCGUUGCAAUGCCCGCCUCUACACUUACAGUGCCCUACGCUACAAUGUCGGUACCCGCCGUUGCUGCUACCCCAAUGACGACUGGAGUCAUUGCUGAUGGAGCCGUAGGCGGCGGACUCUUUCAGAAAAUGAAGACGCUAAAGUCGUACUUGGGCCUUAUGAAGUAUGCGAAGUAUGCAAACGUCGCGGGCUACAACACCUACGGCACCUUUUCAAAUGCUUAUCCCAUGGUCGCUGAUUACGGGCCUGCAGCUGCGACCUUCGCCAGUUUCCCCAGUAAAGGCUACAACGGGUACAACACCUACGCCGGGAACAACAACUACACGGGGUUCAGUGCCCCUACAGAAAACAUCGGAGGGUUGGGCAAGAAGACUCGGUUCACAGAAGAGCCCGGCCAGAGGUACUUGGCUCAAGUUUUGAGCAAAAACAGAACUGGAUGGUGGUUGAGCAACAAAGUGUCGAAAUUGGUCGACAUUCUCGGGGGAGUCCUCCCCCAGGGCGUCGACCAGCCUGCGUUGCUUUCCAACGGAUACGAGACGCGAGAGGCGGUGUUUCUGGCAGUCUUGCAAAACAGGGAACGAUUCGUAGACCUGCUUGUGCAGGACCAGCUGCUCCAGGAGGAGCAGCCGCUGCAACGCCAGUGGAUUGGGCGAAUGUACACAGAGGUUAAGGGCCAGUAUUCUGCGAUUCAGGCCUUGGACAGAGAUUUCACAAUAGCGAAAAUGGCGCCUCAAAAUCAACCCUUGGCGUCCUUCCGUCACAGCCUACGACUUGACAUACCCAUUGACUUGUAUGAGUUCAGCGGCUUGGACACCUACGUGCAGGCCCCCGACGGUCAGGUCUUCUUAAAUGCAAUUUCGCGACGUCCUUUAAUUCGAGCCACGGCAGAGACGGUGAUGGCGAACGCAGGCAGUAGCAGAAGGGCGUACAAAGCGCUGCUCAGUCUGUCUCAGCAAGCGGUGCGAGCGGUUGCCAACUUGAACUGCAUUAUGAUGGUGCACACCAACAUAAACCCCGCGUCCUUUUUAGUUACGGAAAAAGGACUUGUGUUCCUUGGGGGGCUAUUCCAGGCCACGCAGCAGGGCAGCUCUCUGGCCAACAACUACAAGUUCACCUUAACGACGCCAGUCUUCUUGCCUCCUGAAUUGCGAGACAAUGCAUCAUACUACAGCAUGCAGGCGCUCCCAUCUCAAGAUGCGUGGCAACUGGGAAUGACGCUGUUCACCUUCUGGUGCUCGCAGUUGACCGUGGACUCUGCAGGAGGCCUAAACUUUAGCAACUGCAUCAGCUGCAUGCCUGCGGAGAUAAAAGACCUGAUCAUGGGCUUGACUCAGAUCGAUCCCAAUUCUCGACUGCUGGCAGAAAACGUCGCACUGAAGCAUCCAGCCAUGCUACUACCCAUCUAUCCUGAUAUUCCGCCCCAGGCGGACGUCAACCAGGAUGACGAGCCCUAUUUAGACUUCUUCUGA